UUUAUAUUGAAGCUUUGGAACAAAGAAUUGAAAAUUGUACAAAAGAAAAUGGGGAAUUAAAAAGACAAAUUGAAAUUUUGGCUGGGGAAAAUAAACAUUUAGUUACACAGCUUAGAAAUAUGCAGAUGACACUUGGAAACACAACAAAGUUGACAGGUCAGAGAGGUACUUGCUUAGCUGUACUUCUUUUAUCUGUUUGUCUUAUUGUUGCACCAAAUGGCAAACAAUUUGGAAUGAAUGGUGUUAAUAGAAAUACUCAGCAGGAAAUGCUUGUUGAUAAGUUUAACCAAAAACCUGGAGAUUUACAUCAUUCAGAAAUUGAAAGUAGAGAAGGUGUUCUCACAAAUUUAGAUCAGGCAAUAGGAAAUAGAGGACAACGUUUUUAUGGUGCUUCUCGAACAUUAAUAGACUUUGUGGCACCCGAACAAAAAUGUAUGGAUGAUAAAAUGUCAGAAUCUUUUGGUUUUACACAGGCAGAUUCUGUUGCUUCUUUUAAGGCUAAUUUUAAAUUUUUGACAAUAAAAAUUAAAAAAAAAUUAAUUUCAGGCCGUAGCUGA